AUGAUUACACCGGAGUGGUACGGUCGAAGAGGCAGGCGUAUUUUAUUGCGCCAGACCCAACCAGAAUUUCCUCCCACCACAUCAACAGUGACCCCACAACCGACAUCGACCCAAGGUUCAUUGGAUCUUCAUGAUACCGCCACCACCCACACUCCCAUAAUCGCCAUAACAGCAGCCUCGCUGGCUGCGAUUAUACUUGUAAUCUGUGUCAUUACUUUUCUUCGGAGCUACCGCGAAAAAAACCAUGCACAAAAUGAAAAACCUAAUAAUUUCUUAAUGCGUUUACGACAAAGAUGGAGCAAAAAUCCCAGCAGAUAUGAGAUUCCAGGCACCACUGAACAAACAGAGACUACGAUUAGACCUACUACAACAAAUGCAGCCACAGAAGGCUCCGUAGAAAUGGGAAAUAGACUCAGCAGAGACGCAGUUUCCAUUCGAUCUGUCAUCACCCUUCCAGCAUAUAUUCAGACCGCAAGGCAGAACGAAUGCGUUUUAGGGCGAGAAGGAGAACGAGCUGGGAUCGACGUCGUGGUUGAAUUCCCCGACUUGGCCGAAGAAGAACAGCGGAGGGAAGAUGAAAUGGAGGCCUUGUACCAAGUGCGCCUCGCUCGUCGACGUGAGAAUGAAGCUAGAGAAGAACGACGAAGGCACAGGCGAGAUGCUCGAGAACGAGGUGAAUGUGUUGAAGCAAGAGAUAUAGAAGAAAGCGCGCAACGCGCAAGCAACGGCUCAUCUGGACAAACAAUUGAAGAACUCCGAGCCGAGCAUGACCGCCUCAAAAGGUUGCGACAGCGUACGGUGUCUGUUGUAUCCUACGCCGAAAUUGGAGUUGCCCGACACGAUGGCACGCGUCUCAGUAUCAACAGUCAAGAGAAUGAACGAACAGGUUUGCUGGGAGAAGCAGGCAAUGCAUCUCCAUGGGGUCUAGCCCACCGACCCGGAUCUAUUGUUAGUAAUCACACGACAAAUUCCGAGAUGCAUCUCAAUCCUACGGGAACCGGGGAUAUUACCUCCUCCCCACCUCAGUCACACAGCUGGAAUAACUCCAGGACGAGCUUGAAUAGAAGACGAGCCUCUGAUAUAGGUGCUAUCAGCCAUCUAAGUACUUAUAACAACAGUAAUGCAUCGCCAACAGGUUUACCUGAAUAUGAGAAUAUUCCUCUCGCUGAUCCGGUUCAGCCAAUGGAGCCACUACCAAUGUAUUCUGGCCCUAUCGGUAGAGGCACUCAAUGGCGUUCCUCGGGAAUUGAAAACGAGACGGCAUCGAUCUAUGUAGGAGAAAGUAGUACUAGCAGAGAAGCAUGGAGGACAGGCGAUACUGCACACACCACUUCUAACUCUCGGAGGAACAGUAAUAGUGUUCAUUCACGGAGAAAUAGUACUAGCAUUCAGUCGCGAAGAAAUAGCACCAGCUACAAAGCCCAAAUGGGUCUAAGGGCUGGUGCAGUGACUUCAUCGAUCUCCAAUUCAAAGUCAGAGCACUUGCCUAGUAUUGAGGUGGAUCCUGGAAGCCCUGCCUAA